AUAUUACUAUCACGUGUUAUUACAUACGUAUAUAAUUUCGAUUAUUUAGAGCAUCUAAGAAACCUUGGAACCUACUCAAUUCCGUGUGUUCUUGUAAAGAUUCAUUUAAUUAUUAGAAAUGAAGUGAAGUGCCAAAAAUGAGUGCGGAAAGUAACCAAACUGCUCAGGAAAUUGGGUCUCAACCGCCUCUUAAUAUUAAUAAAGGAAGUACAAUAAACAGAUGCACUCCUAAAAAGUCAUUAGAAUCAAAAUUAUGGGACUUGUUACAACCCGUAGCUAGAUUAUGGGGACUAAUAACGGCUGUUGUGAUGAGCGGUGCUGGAGCAGAACUGACGGUCCUAGGAUACGAAGUAGCGCCAGCAAUAAUUGCAGGAGCAGCAUUAGUUUUUAUACUGGAGACAAUGUGGGUGGCCGCGUUGUUCAUUGACCUGUUGUGUCGUCGAGGUGAAUAUACCAUGAAGCUGAGAUGCUGGGACUUCAUGAGGUGGUCAUGUGGACGUGCACGGGCUCCGUUCUACGCCUGUGUAGCGACAGCUAUCCUUUUUGCUAAUCUUACUGUCUUGGCUACAGUAUCAGGUGGCAUGUUGCUCGUGCUGGCAGCGUUGCGAGCCACUGUUCCGUUCUCCCCCUACGCGACCCACGGGCCGCAUUCGCCCCGCGCUGGCAGCACGCUGCUAAGUCAGCACGAUUCAAACAUACCCGACGUCUAUUACAAUGCAGCACAAUCAGCUGACGACAGAUGCGAAGAAAUGACGGUGCUAGACGGAAGGACUCCAGAUAGAUCUCGUUCAGUGACACCAAGACCACAUCUUUUAGAACUUUGAUUUGUUUUAUUAACUCUAAAGUAUUAUUCCUAAGCGAAAACUAUAAAGCCAGCUCGAAGAAAACAUUAUCUCUAUGCCUUACACAACACCAACCUUUAGACUACCGAAGGGACUAUAAUAACUGUUUAAAAACUUUGUUCUUAAAAUGUAGCCUUCGUUACUGCACACACUGCUCGACGUUAAGUGGAGUAAAUUUAUAUCCGUUUGUUGUAAUGUUGCUUAGUUGAUAUAAAACUUAAUCUACUCACACAGAUCAAGUUAAGAUUUUGAAUUACUAUUUUAUUCAGAAAAUAACUUAUUACAAAUGGACUUAUAAAAUACUAAAUUCUGGCUUAAAAUUAAGUGACAUAAGGAUAGUAAUACUGACUAUAAAGUAUUGAAAUAUUUAUUUUCUACUUUUAUACGCCCUUAAAAUCUGUGAUAGAUUAGUUAGUUAAUAUCCAUAAGUUUAAGUGAUAAUACAAAGUGCAUAUAUAUGUGAAUUAAUAAAUUUUAAAUUAGUGUUA